GUCUACCUCUGUUCUAUGGUUGCCGUGUCACGUUUCCACCUUGCAGUCCAUCACUCACACAAGGAAUGAUGUCAUGCACCAAGUGUUGGCAGUGACAUCACAAAGUUUCUACAAAGGAGCAGCACCUUUCAGAACCUCUAAGCUGUUGUGAAGGGAAGAAAGACAAGAAGAUAAGAGCCAUGUCCCAUGCACACUCACAUGGCGGAGAUGAAGGAUGGGUCGAGGAAAUUGCAGCACACUGUACUGAUUUUGUCCAAGUGGCCUUUAUUACUGCUUGUCUGUCUAUUUUUGUGGGAGGCCUGGUUUUGAUCAUUUUGUUCAGGAUAAUUGAGGCCAUUUUGACCUUCAUCCUCUUUCUCAUGCUUCGACCGUGUAAGGUAAAAUCUAUAAAAGUGCCCCUCCUGGACCGCUGGAAAGGAUAUUUUCAAGACUGGGUGGUGAGAAUGCUCUCAGCUCAAACAUCUGUAGGACGUGUGGUGGUAAUACUGGUAUUCCUCUUUAGUAUUGGGUCACUUAUAAUUUACUUUAUCAACUGUUACAGUGUUAGCGAGUUUUGCCUCUCUUUUGAAGACCAGACAAUUAAUGUUGACUUAUUCUUUAAUGUAUUCUUCCUUCUUUACUUUGGAUUACGGUUCCUGGCAGCAAAUGACAAGCUGAUAUUUUGGCUUGAGCUUAAUUCCAUUGUGGACUUCUUCACUAUCACUCCAGUCUGCAUAUCCUUUUAUUUAGGAAGAAACUGGCUUGGUUUGAGGUUUUUGAGAGCACUCAGGUUGAUGGAACUUCCUAAAAUUUUGCAGUUCCUUCACAUCACCACAAGUGGUACUGCAAUCAAGCUAACCAAACUAUUGGCUGUAUUUGUCAGUACCUGGCUAACUGCUGCAGGAUUUCUUCACUGGAUGGAAAAUUCUGGUGAUCCCUGGGUAAAAGUGAAGAAUUCCCAAAAUUUGACUUAUUUUGAGUGUUUAUACCUGAUCAUGGUAACCAUGUCUACAGUUGGUUAUGGGGACGUAAUUGUCAAGACCACCUUGGGACGUGGAUUCAUCCUUUUCUUCAUCGUUGCUGGUUUGAUCCUAUUUGCUAAUUUGGUUCCUGAAAUGGCAGAUAUUGUUGGAAGCACUAAGAUGUACAGAGGUUCCUAUGAAGCUGUGAAAGGCCGAAAGUUUAUAGUUGUCUGUGGUCAUAUCACUCUGAGCAGUGUAACAGCUUUCAUAAAGGACUUCCUAGCACAAGCUUCAUCAGAUGAAGCCACUGAAAUGGUUUUCCUGGGAGAAAAUCCCCCUUCUCUGGAGCUAGAAACUGUGUUCAGAUGUUAUGCUGCAUAUUCCUGCUUCUAUCAAGGUACUGUCAUGAAGACUGAAGAUCUUCUGAGAAUUCAGAUGAAUAGAGCUGAAGCAUGUCUCAUUUUGGCUGACACGUGUUCUGUCGAGCCCUAUAUUGAGGAUACCUCCAACAUCAUGAGGGUGUUGUCCAUUAAGAAUCACUACCCAAGUACCAGAGUCAUAAUACAAAUCAUCCAGUCUUCUAACAAGCUCUACUUGCCAAAGCUUCCCAACUGGGACUGGAAGAAAGGAGACAGUGUCAUCUGUUUUGCUGAACUCAAGCUCGGGUUAAUAGCACAGAGUUGUUUGAUACCUGGUUUGACUUCUUUGUUGACCAGUCUGUUCAUUAGGGAAGGUAUAGAGCAAAUGGACUUUAAUAUAAAGCAUCAGAGUGAAAUAGAAGGCCAAGAAUAUAAGGUGAUGACUCAACUUUUCUCAUCUGAUUUCAAUGACAUGUCUUUCAAAGAUGCUUGCCGGUUGUGCUUUGUGAAGCUGAACCUCAUACUGCUAGCUAUUGAAUAUCAGUCCGGUGCUCGUGCAAAUAGCAUUCUGAUCAACCCAGCUUCCUCGACUAAAAUAGAUGGCAACACAAUGGGGUUUUUCGUGGCCAAAUCUGUAAAGGAUCUCAAAAGGGUUCGAUAUUAUUGCAGCCUCUGCCACAAUCAUAUUAUGAACCCAGAGCUUAUUGGAAAGUGCCGUUGCAAAGGUCGAAAAGGUUUCUCCAUUAUGAAUCAAAUUAAAGCUGUGCAGGAUUUUUUUGUCCGUCCAGAGCGGCCACUCCCACAAGCAGGUAGCUCUGGUUUAGAAGAGACUGUUGAAACAGAAAGACCAGGUGAAAUGGAUGGACAGCGCAGUGGAACAACACUAGACACCACUGGAAUGUUUCAUUGGUGUGAAGCUGUUUCCUUCGCAAAGGCUGUCUUUAAACGCAAGAAGAGAUUGAUCAUGAACUUGCGCGAUCACAUUGUAGUCUGUGUUUUUGGAGAUGCGACUUCAUCAUUGAUUGGACUUCGCAACUUCGUGAUGCCCCUACGAGCUAGUAACUUCACCGUAAAAGAACUGAAGGAAAUUAUCUUUCUUGGAAAUCUUGAGUAUCUACAGAAGGAAUGGGAAUACAUCCAUAAUUUCCCCAAACUAUAUGUCGUCAGGGGCAGUGCUCUUUCUGGUGCAGAUCUGAGGGCAGUCAACAUCAAGCAGUGUGCCAUGUGUGUCAUUCUCUCAGCUCAUGCCAAAGGAGGCGUUGGUGAUCAAACAUUAGUGGAUACAAAAUCUAUCCUGGCAACAAUGAACAUACGUUCUAUGCAGUUAAAGCUGAAUCCAACAGCACUACAUAUUUUUCCAUUUGCGACCAAUUCUCCUACAUCACCACCGAAGAAGAAGAAAAAAAAAGGGGAGAGAGCCAGCCACGAUGCAAUGCCAGCACGCAUUCCCUUCAAAAGGAUCCCCGUCAUUACUGAGCUGAAGAUAGCUUCAAAUGCACAAUUCUUUGAACAGAGAGGUGGACGUGAAAUCGUAUAUCAGACCUACACAACACUUGCAUCUCGAGGGACCAUAUUUUCUGACAGCUUUUUGGAUUCUUUACUGUGCACUACUUACCAUAAUCACCAUGUGUUAGCAUUGCUCCAGACACUAGUGACCGGAGGAACCAGUCCAGAACUGGAAGAAUAUUUGGCAGAGGAGGCAACACUGAGUGGCAGUGCCACUAUUGUGGUGCCCCCUGAACUCAGGAACAGAUGCAAAAUGUCCCUUCUGCCACUCACAGGCAGUAUCACUUUUUCAGAAUCAACAACGAUCUUCUUUGGCGAUGUGUUUACUAAAGCGCUUCAUAAAUUGGGAAUCCUUUGCUUUGCCAUCUACCGCUUGAAAGCAGAACCCAAUCCAUUUGAUCACAGGUUUGUGAUUGUUCAGCCACCCAUUGAUUUAGAGAUGUAUAAUAGUGAUCAGCUCUUUUGUCUGGUCCCAUACAACAUUGCCGCAACUGAUCUGACAAUUGUGCUAAAGACUGUUAAACCAGCCAAACAAAGGAUGUCAAAGGUUGACGACUCAGUCAUUUUGGCAUAAAGAAAGCCAUCAUCUUACUAUAAAUAAAGGCUUUAUUCUCUG